UGUAAGGAAGUCUGUUUCCCACCGAGCCACCAGUCUCUGAGAACCUCGUCUGACCAGACAUGAUGUUCGGCCGCCUGCUGCUUGCCUGUGUGUGUUUAACCCCGGCGGAUCCAGUUCAGGAUACCUACAGACUUGUUCAGGUUCCAGAAGAAGCACAUUUUGCAGAGACGUUUGACUCAGAUCCUCUAGAUAGGAGAUGGGUCCAAUCCAAGGCUGUGAAAGAGACAGAUGCUGAGGCUCUCAAAUACGAUGGCCAAUGGGUGGUGGAAGAGCCAGCGGCUGCAAUGUAUCCUGGGAACAGAGCACUGGUGAUGAAGUCAUCAGGACGACACCAUGCCAUCGCUGCCUACCUACACACACCCUUCAACUUCAUACACACACCUCUCUGCCUGCAGUAUGAGGUGAGGUUCGGGAGAGAUGUAGAGUGCAGUGGAGCCUACAUCAAACUGCUGACUCAGACCCAUCUGCUACGACUGAGCCAGUUCAGUGAGUCCACUCCGUACUCUGUGAUGUUUGGUCCUGAUAAGUGCGGCACCAGCCACCGCCUCCAUCUCAUCGUCAGGGUAAUGGACUCUAGCAACGGCCGUAACCAAGAGAUACACGCCCCCCAACCCGUCGAUGACCUGACGGUGUACUUCACCGACCGACAACCACACCUCUAUACACUACAAUUGUAUCAAGACAGCAGGUAUGAGAUUUUCAUUGACCAAUCGCUGAUCAGUCAAGGCCGCCUGCUGACAGACGAAGUCCAGUACACAGAAUCCCCUGACAGCCAACCAGAGUCCCCGGUGUCUGGAUUAGGGGUGGGGUCAGUCGCGGCGCUGGGUCUGGAACUGUGGUCAUUGUCAGGGGAAGUUAUGUUUGACAAUUUCCUGUUGACUGAUGACCUGAAGCUGGCUGAGAGAUGGACACAGGACACCUGGGGACAGAAACAACCCGGCCUGUUGGAGCGACUCCUGAUAGCAACUAACUCUCGUCCCUGGCUCUGGGGUGUCUACAUCUUCACGGUGGGAUUACCCAUCACCCUCUUCAUCAGCUACAUGUGGCCGGACAAGAGAUUCGGGCCCCCUGACCAGGACUACUACUAUAAGAAGUCUGAUGAUCCUCAGCCAGACAGACAACCAGGGAGAGACCAGCCAGACAGACCAACCAGCCUCUCAGACUAUGGUGCGGUGAGCAGAGAGGGGGCCAGGAGGAGAGAAACUCAGAAGGUUCAGAGGAAGUCAGACCUGGAGGUUGAGAAUGAGUGACAAUCCCUAACCAGCCUGAGGACUAACCAACCCUAACCAGCCUGAGGACUAACUAGAGCUGUGGCGGUCACGAAAUUUCGUCAGCCAGUGAUUGUCAAGCAAAUAACUGUCGGUCUCACGGUUAUUGCCGCUGACACAGACCUUUGGAACGUCUACAUUUUAAAAUGUCUAAUAAAUCCAUAUAAUAUAGCCUACACCACAAUAAAUCCAUUAUUUAUUUUAGACAGGUCUAAAGAAACAUGAUAUGAAGAAAAUGUAGUCUAUUUCAGAAGAACAGAAUAACAUACUCUGAGUUGUCCUCAUGUUAGGCCCUGAUCUGGCUGUGCCAGAUUUGCUUAGAAUUCCAUUGCAUUAUUUUCUAAUAUGUUAUAGUAUGAAGAAUACAGUUGAACAAAGCUGAAUAAAAUAGAAAGGAUAUGUUCUCCAAACAGUUUGAUGGAGUGCAACUAUUCUGUGUUGAGCGGUUCACAAAGAAAUAGGUCCUCCUAGAUGCUACAUUUAGAGACAUUAAUGUAACUUUAGUUGUUCUACAAACGUUGGCCUGUAUGUUUUGAUUUAAUAUAUUGUAAGGUUGCAUGAUGAGACUAUAAUGAUGAUUUGAAAAAAGUUGCUUGAAAGGCAUAAUCUCUGCUUUGUAUUUUGAGAAGGCUGUACACCAGGGGUUCUUAAGCCUGAGACCCAAAUGAGAAAUUAUGUGUUUUGCUGGGACCCAAGCUUAGGAAAAUGUGCAACUAUACGUAAAUAUCGGAACAUUUCAUUGCCCUUAUGCCUAAAAAAAUGCAAUGAAAUACCCAUAAAUAUAUUUACAUGUCUAUUUUUAUUUAGUUUAUUCUUAUGUACCUGUCUAGGUUGGAACUGUUUCUGUUAAAAUACAAGACAUCAUUUAAUUCUGACCUGAAAUAAAUGGAUUGAUCACAUCACACAGAUGUAGACCAGAACACACAGUC